CAUGAACCUUAUUCUCCGGAGUAGAUCAACCUCAUUCAACACAACAGGAUGAGCAGUGGUUUAGUUGUAGUUGUACUGCUGGGUCUGUGUGUCGGAGUUCUAUCCUUAGAACAAGAAGAUUUCAACCAACACAUGGAUUACUCCCUGAAUAGAAUGGAUCCUCUAGAGCGUAGAGCUGGAUUUGUUGGCAUGAGAGGACGCAGAACCCCUGACAUUGAUCUGAUGGUGAAGCGACCAUCCUUCACAGGAAUGCGAGGGAAGAAAGCUCCAUUUAACGGUAUGCGAGGCAAGAAAUCAAUCAGUAAUAUCUCAAACGGACUAAAAUUCAAGGGAGCUGAGAGUCCAGGAAGUGUCUGGAAAAGAUUCUUGAACUACCAGCGAAGGAACCCAAGUGGGUUUGUGGGCAUGAGAGGCUGAACCGACAAAUAUUAUAUUUAUAAAAAUAUUAAUCAAAAUUCGUAAAUUAUUAAAACUCAAUAGAUAUAUUCGUGUGUGAUGAUCUCUUAAAUAAAUCUCAUUGGUCUCCAA